UGGUGCGGAGACAGCUGCUCCUCACCGCCUCACGGGCGAACACACACAGCCUCUUCUGCCCUCGUCGAACAAUGCCUUACCAGGGACUGCUGCCUACCAGAGAUGGAAUGAUUUUCCAAAUUAAUAGGCUGUGUGACAGCAUGUAAGGGUGCACGAGGCCACUGCUGAGGCAUGGUGGUGCAGGUUUGAUGCAGUAAUGAGAUAGUUAGUUCUUGCUUUGUUUAAUUCUGCAUGGAAAUAUGGCCUGUGUGGCUGUGUGCUUUGCCUGUCUGCCAGUUCUCAGUCUGACUGGCUUUAAAUGAUUAAUUUGAACUAAACUUGACUAAAGGAUAGGGUUUUCAAAGGUACCAGUUGUUCCAGCUGUGUAAAAAUUAUUAGCUAGGUGGAGAGUAGCGUACCCCAAGGAAUCUGUUUUCCAGGUCUGUUUGUGGCCAGGCCACACAUGCUGAACUGCCUGAGGAUAGCAGUGUCUAAAACUUAAGGUGUCCCUGGGGAACAUGCAGACAGGUCACAUCUGGGCCCUCUGAACUCAGAAAUGAAACUAAAAUGUGCCAUCACAGUAGCCCUAAAGUAGAUAUUCCCCAUCUGUACUGCAGAGUUCUUGGAAGCCUUCUUCUAUAGAAUCUAAACCUCAACAUAUUCCACAGUCCGUGCAUUUUAUCUUCAGUAUAUUCAGUUGAAUCAUCCCCAUCUAUGCCAACGUAAGAGCAAAAUGUGGCUUUCUGCAGCUUAAUGCAACAAGAAGUAAAAAGGAAAGUCAUAAUAAGAAAAGGAAACAAAUAGAUGUUAUUUUGCAUAAAGUCUGCACUAAGUUAAAAGCUAAAACAGGAAGGAAGUUGCCACCACUGUGCUAGAUGGUAGCGCUUCAGUGACAUGUGCUUGCUUUUGAGAAAACCAGCAAUCUUCAAAUUAGUAUUAGGAAUAAUUACCGUGUUUAUAUUGUGUUUACCGGAAUUUUUCAAAAUACAUGAAGCUAACACUGUAAUUGUGUCAUGCAUGGAUACCUGUUCAUCGAAUAACACCACUUUUCCCCUUUGCACUUUUAAGAAUUCUUGCAAAAGAGCAGUGCAACAAAGAAGAGAAAACCAGAAUAUUUUGCUGAAGGCCAUUAUAAAUAAUUCUGAUUUCCAAAAUAUUCCAUGUAUUUGCCAGUCCUCCGGGAGGGAACAACAGUCCCAUACUAAACACACAGAGUGUGAAUCCAAGAGGGAUGUGAACGCUGAUCAUCAAGGAUCAGGGUCAGUAGCUAAAAAAAUUUCCAAUAAAGAAGUAGAGCAUAAUACUUAUUACCUGAUGAUAAUACACAUCAACAAUUCUAUAGUCGGAGGAGGAAAUGCAGCCAAAGAACACCUAAAUCAUUCUUGUCUAAUGGCAAUGAUGGAAGACCAAAAUGACUGUAUGAAUAUUUCACUGCAACUGAAGUCUUAUGUGGAAUAUCCAAUGUGUAUGACGAAGAUCAUUUGGCUCACUAUGAUUCCAGUAGUUUUUGUGCUUACUAUUUCAACUGUCAUCUACAAAAUAAUCCAAGAAAAUAAAAACAUCUAUUAUAAACACAGAGUAGCAAUAUCAGUUUCUACUAUUCUAAGAAGAAAGAGUACCAGACAUUCAAGAAGAACCAUAUCUGCUACUAAAAUUCAUCCUUAUCCUGUGAAAACUAGCAAACAACAGAUUCCCCUUACUGCACAAACCACAAAGAUACUGCCUGUAAUUCCUGAACAAGAGCAUUGUCAUGCGGAUCAACUCUAGAUUUAGAAGUUUCAGGUAUUGCCAUACAAAAUACCAUCACUAUUGGAUGAAAGAAGAUGCAUUGUACACCACAGAAGCAAGCAUCUCCAUUUCCAGUUUGAGGAGCUAUGUUAUCCAUCUUUUCAUAGGAAUGCCAAUUAAGCACUUUAGUUGAGAAGCUCCAUUUUGACCAUCACUGGAACUCUUUGGUAUUAAGAAAAUAUGAAUGAUGGACAAAUACGUUUUGCUGCAGAAACUACUUCAGUAGGAGAUUAUAGAUUUCACAUCUACUUUCAGUUCUUUCAGGAUUCCUACUUAAUUAUAUGAUUGUGAGAUAACCCUUGCAAUAAUUACUUUCUUCCAUCAGAGAAGAAAUUUAUUUUAUAUAUUCCAAAGGAUAAGAAAGUCUGUUUAAAGUUAGGAUUUAUCCUCCACUUUCAUGAAAUGAGCACAAUUUUCAACCUAUUUAAUGCUCUAGAUAAGUAAAAUGUUUAAAAGAUACAACUUCUUGCUUUUGAGAAAGGUGACCAAAGUAUCAUAAAAGGAAAGAACUCUGCAGUAAACAUGUUCAUUUCCACAUGAACAUGUUUAAUUCCUGCAGUAAACCAGGAAGAUCAUCAUAAGUCGUGCAGUGUCUUAGUGGAUAAAGAAAAAAAUGUGGAAAAAUACUUAUUUGGCUUCAAACCACAAAAUCUUUAUUAUUGGUUUUUCAAUAACUCAUUAAGACACUAAAUGGGUUUGUACUUUUUGAGAAAUUGUAUUUCUAUGUUUUGUACUAGCUUAGUUCAUUAGCAUUCAACUUUUCCUUACUUUCCAUUUAUUACUGCUCCUCUGAGUGUAAUGGAGCAGUUUGAGAUGAGCAGGGUCCCAAACUCCUUUGGCGCUAACACAUGAUUUGUGGGUACAGAUUAGCCAUCAAUUACUAGGCAGAGACAGAAAUUGCAGAGCCAGGACUUCAGAUUCCCUUGUGCUAAAUCCAUCAGGAUGAACAGAUUGCAAACUGCCCAUUGCAAACAUGAUAGGCAGCAAUUUAGCGUCAUGUUAAUACUUCAUAACCUCCAUCCCUUACAUUUACAGAGCUUUUCCCUCCUGAAGCUUUCUGAAAUUGCAUUCUCCAGUCUGGACCAAGCAGUUCAGACUGAAUACAAAUAAUUGUGAACAUUAACUUCUGAAUGAUGUCAGGGCAUAUGGAAUUUUUUAUAUUAGCUGCAUAAGUCUGAAGGACUUGUUCCUAUUGUUUGUUACCAUCUUAUAAAAAAAAAAAAAAAGAGAAAAAUACUGACUUUCUUGAUUUGGGGUAUUUUUUUAUUGUUUAUCUGUGGUAAUAAAGCUUUUCAGAAAUUGAUUUUUUUAAUACAGUCUAUAAAAUAAACCUCUCACAAUUUUUUCUGUUUUUUUUUUCUUCUUACUAUAGAGAGCAACUUACAGAUGA